CAGUGGAUGUGCGUCCUAUCCGUAUUACCUUCGCAUUCUAUAUCCUUGCAAUUAAUGAACACCACGUGAUGGUAUACAACAGGACGUUUAAAGCGUAAAGUCUGUCGAAAGAAUGCCGGCCUCAGUGGCCUUCAUAUCUUUCCUACUUCUGGCUUCGUGGUCAAGAGUCGUCUUAUCUCAGUACCCGUCUAUAUCUAAUUUUGAAUGUUGGCUGGAAGUUCAGGCUACUACCGCGUCCUAUAAGAAGAUAUUAAGAAUCCCUGGAGAAGACAAUCUCAGCUAUAUCAAGAGGAUUGGUGGAACGUGCAACGAUGACUGGGACUGCUUUGCUUUUGACGGUGACGGAAAUCUCUAUCUCAGCGCCAUAUCCACGUCAUUGUUCCGCUACAACGCAAGCCAAGUGCUCUACAACUACAGAAAUAAUGGGUAUAUUGGAGCAUGUGUGUCUUAUUAUCGACCCCCUCCACCAUCUCCACCUUCCUCGCCUCCUACCCCACCAUCACCGCCACCAUCGCCUCCUCCCUCACCACCACCAUCACCGCCACCGUCGCCUCCUCCCUCACCACCACCAUCACCGCCACCGUCGUCUCCUCCCUCACCACCACCAUCACCGGCACCGUUGUCUCCUCCCUCGCCUCCUCCCUCACCUCCUCCCUCGCCUCCUCCCUCGCCUCCUCCCUCACCUCCUCCCUCACCACCACCAUCACCACCACCAUCACUGCCACCGUCGCCUCCUCCCUCACCACCUCCCUCGCCUCCUCCCUCGCCUCCUCCCUCACCACCACCAUCACCACCACCAUCACUGCCACCGUCGCCUCCUCCCUCACCACCUCCCUCGCCUCCUCCCUCGCCUCCUCCCUCGCCUCCUCCCUCACCACCACCCUCACCACCACCAUCACCGCCACCGUCGCCUCCUCCCUCGCCACCACCCUCACCACCUCCCUCGCCUCCUCCCUCACCUCCUCCCUCACCACCACCAUCACCACCACCAUCACCGCCACCGUCGCCUCCUCCCUCGCCACCACCCUCACCACCUCCCUCGCCUCCUCCCUCGCCUCCUCCCUCACCACCACCCUCACCACCUCCCUCGCCUCCUCCCUCGCCUCCUCCCUCACCACCACCCUCACCACCUCCCUCGCCUCCCCCACCUUCUCCUAGUCCACCACCCCCACCACCUCCACCCCGUGUCAUCCGCAGCCCGUCUCCUCCUCCAACACAGUUACCAAGCCCAGCCAGCACUAGCCCUCCACCCCUUACUACUUCACCACCAUCACCUCAUAGCCAGCCGCCCCCUCACAGCCCACUCUUACCAAGUCUCCCUUCAACUCCGUCCCCCAAAUACAGCCCACCUCUGUUGUCCCCACCCCCUUCACCACUGCCUCCCUCGCCACUGCCACCAUCACCUCAACCCCCCUCGCCACUCCCUCCUUCACCACCACCACAGUUGCCUCGACCCCCAUCACCUCCACCGCUUUCACCUCAGCCCCCCUUGAAUCCCCUACCCUUUCCCCCAUCACCCCCACCAUCUCGGCCACCCCCACACCCCUCACCACCAUCACCACCUCCAAUUGUCUACUGGGCUACCUCCACCUCUGGCCCUAACUCCCAGCUGGCAAAAGGCAGUUCUGCGGACAACAUCGUUGGGUCUCCAGACUUGUUCCGGACCCCACCCAAGGCCUGCAAACCGGCAGCUGACUCCAGCUGGGUGCCAACGAAAUCGGUUCCCCGCUACGUGGUGGCCUACUUCAACCAGACCCCUGCUGCCACCGGCGGCCAGGUGGCGGCUGUGGAGCUCUAUGUCACCAACAAGGGCAGUCUCAACCCCGCCAUUGCCUCCAUCGACCUGCUGCUCCGAAAGCAGGGGGCAGUAAUGACCGAUGGCGUCCAAAGCAACAACCACAACGAGAAGUGGGUGAUGCUGUACAGAGGCAGCGCAGGACAGGAGCUGACGUGUCCAGGACUCAACUACUUUGCCGUAUCUGCGACAACGGCCGCCAGUACCCUGCAACCGUCUGGUUCCACCUUUACGAUGAUGUCAGCUGAGGAGUUCAACACAGCGGUGGUGGUUGCCGUACGAGUCAAUGUUCACAAUGCGACUGUUUCCACGAAAUCACAGCUGCCGCACCUGGCAGCAGUUGGUUUGCAACUCGUGUAAAAAUGGGAUGUACGUUCGCAUUUCCACUUCGUGUGAGGUGUUUCAAAAUUUUCGGCUGCGUGCGAUCAUCACCAGAGCCGAUAUAUAGAUAAAGAAUAGGUUUUGGGGAUUUUGAUUGUGCGUUGCAAUCUUGAUUUUACAUGUACCGGUAAUGUCUCGAUGAUUAUUCAUGGUUGUGAUUCCCGCCAUACCACAGCGAGGGUGGAGGCUAUAGGGUGACGCCGGCUAGAAGCGUUGCCACAGGACCUGCUGGUGUACUAGUGCCACGCAGCGCCGUAUGAGGACUGCACGCACGCGCUCUCCCGCGGAUCCGAAGGGCGUGGCUGUACUUGGAUAACUUUUACUGCUGACCAAUGCUCGUCCUCGCGAUUGCCGAUUCCGGAUGCUGAAGAGGUCUUCUUAAGCUUUACGGUUACUUAUAACUUCUUUCUACUAUUAUAUAAGAGCUGAUGCUUAAAGCAGUUAUAGAACCAAAGUGCGCGGCGUCGGUGGUCUAACUCGGCGACGCGAUUGCGAUGAUGCGCUCGGGCCCUCAGCUGAAGCGCCCUAGCCGCUUCAGCUGGGCUUGUUGGUGCUAGUUGGAUAAGGUACUGGCACUUGAAUCUGCACUAGCAGGAAAGGGGAUCUUGUCCGCGACGACCUUGGGAUGACCUUGGCUACAAGCUGCUAUACAGGAAACAGGGUUUAUAGUUUUGUCUUUUAGGUCUUGGGAUAUAGGUACUCGGUCUGCAACGUAGGAAACGGGAUAGAGGGCCUUGUCCGCGACGAUAAUGAUGUCAUCUUGGGAUGUCUUGGUCUUUUCCUUUAACGUCUUAACGCACUAAGAUCUCUAUUAUAACGCUCUUGCUUGCUGGAUACGUUCGCCUUUGAGAAUGCUUUGGCGCUACUGGCUGGUUUGGUACUGUUUUGCUGACUGUCUUUGGUGCCGUGGCUAGGCCAGGGACUUGCUAUUCACCACUUCCGGUGUGAGCUGCUGCCCUUUGGGAGGUGGGUGCCGUGGCUAGGCCAGGGACUUGCUAUGUUUUGCUGUGGCUGUAUGUUGCCAGAGACUUGCUAGCUGCUUCCAGUGUGAGCUUUUGCCCUUUGGGAAGAGGAGCCUAGACAUUUUAUUGUCUGAGACUGUUACAGUAUGGGAAAACUAGAUUUAUAUACUCUGGGGAAGUAUGGCUCCCUGGAGCGUACGACAACCUUUCUUGGAGUUUUGCGGGUGGUUCCCUGGAGCAUACGGCAGGGUGUACGGCAACACGUCAUAAUUACUUCACUCCCAGGGGGGGUAAAAAGUCUUUGCCAAACCCCAUGCUAAAAAAGUCAAGAAAGGGGUGCCGGACCCACCCACCCAC